ACGAAGAGGAGGAGGGGAAUAAAGAAGAUUUCCUCCCUCCUUUACUAGAACCAGAUGAGACCAGCAUUUAGCCCAGCUGACUAGAAACAAUCCUCCAUAACUGUACUUUGCAUGUGCAGCCAUGUUCCGUUUUCAGGAUCGCUGCCGUUCUUCAGUUUUACGUUAUUUUGCAUCUUAUUAUUCUGUAACCAGAGUAGAGAAGCCUUUGGAGAAAGUGCAUUACACAAAACUGUUCAUAAACAAUGAAUGGCACAAUGCAGUCAGUGGAAAGACAUUUCCAACUGUGGACCCAUCUACUGGAAGAACCAUCGCUCAGGUUGCAGAAGCAGACAAGGUUGAUGUGGAUCUUGCAGUUGAUGCUGCAAAGCAGGCUUUUAAGCUGGGGUCUCCCUGGCGCUGUAUGGAUGCGUCACACAGAGGUCAGCUUUUGAACCGUCUUGCAGACCUUAUAGAAAGAGAUAGAGUGUACCUGGCCUCUUUGGAAACCCUGGAUAAUGGUAAACCUGUUUCAAUGUCUUAUAAUAUGGAUGUUGGUGAAACAAUCAAGAUUUAUAGGUAUUUUGCAGGGUUUGCAGACAAAUUGCAUGGAAAGACUAUCCCUAUAGAUGGAAAUUACUUUUGUUAUACACGACAUGAACCAGUAGGUGUUUGUGGACAAAUAAUUCCGUGGAAUUUUCCAUUGGUAAUGCAGAGCUGGAAACUUGCACCAGCACUAGCCACUGGGAACACAGUUGUCAUGAAAGUCGCUGAGCAAACACCACUCUCUGGUUUAUACAUAGCAUCCUUGAUAAAAGAAGCUGGAUUUCCUCCUGGUGUAGUGAACAUUUUAACUGGCUAUGGGCCUACAGCAGGGGCAGCAAUAGCAAGACACAUGGACAUUGAUAAAGUCGCCUUCACAGGCUCCACCAAAGUUGGCCACCUAAUUCAAAAAGCGGCUGGUGAAUCAAAUCUCAAAAGAGUAACUCUGGAACUUGGUGGGAAGAGCCCAUGUAUUGUCCUAGAAGAUGCAGACCUGGAUCAAGCAGUAAAGCAAUGUAAUGAAGCUCUGUUCUUUAAUAUGGGUCAGUGCUGCGCGGCAGGCUCCAGGACCUACGUUCAAGAAUCUAUUUACAAUGAAUUUAUAGAACGCUCCAUUGAGAAAGCCAAAGCAAUAAAAGUUGGAGACCCCUUUGAAUUUGACACAGAACAUGGUCCACAAAUAGAUAAAAAACAAUUUGACAAAAUAUUUGACUAUAUUAAAAGUGGUAAAAAGGAAGGUGCUAAACUCAUGUGUGGUGGAGAGCGCUAUGGUGAUGAAGGCUUUUUUAUCAAGCCAACUGUAUUUGCAGAUGUCCAGGAUAACAUGAGAAUGGCAAGGGAAGAAAUAUUUGGCCCUGUACAACAGAUAUUUAAAUUUGGAAAGACAGAAGAAGUCAUUAAUAGAGCGAAUGACUCAAAAUACGGAUUGGCAGCAGGUAUAUUUACUAAAGACAUAGACAAGGCAAUGCACCUUACUCAAGCAUUACAAGCUGGCACAGUGUGGGUCAAUACGUAUAAUACUCUGGGAUGUCAGACACCAUUUGGCGGCUAUAAAGAAUCAGGAAAUGGAAGAGAGCUUGGAGAAGAUGGACUAAGAGCUUAUACAGAAGUGAAAUGUGUGACAAUAAAAAUCCCACAAAAGAAUUCUUAGUGAGUUAUAGAAUUGUUUAGAAAGGGUAUGCAGAAAUGUAAAACUUGUACAAUUCUAUAGUUCAUCUAAAUUACAAGCAGUAGAAAUGUUAUUGGAAUAGGAACAUUACUCCCACUACUGAUAUAUUUUUUAGUAUUUUUCAUUACCAUUAUGGAUUCUAUACUUAAGUACUAAAAUUAUUUGUGUAGAAAGGGUUUUUAAUAUAUCUUAGACUGCUCUGGUUUUAUACUUUAGGACCAGGAAAAGGACUGCUUUUUAUCUUCUUCAAAUACUAAUCAGGUGCAGCCCAAUGAAUUCUCCAUGUGUCUCUGUCUUCGAAAGGGAGAGGAAUAAAAGUAGUCAUACAC